UUGCAUGAAGUUGGAGUUUUGAAAUUCAAAACUGCUUACUGAUUAGCUUUUCAUAUUCACAGAGUUAGUGUUCUCAAAAUACAGUUCAGUUUCACCAUCAGCUAUUUAUUAGACUCUAGUGCUCUUAGUAGGUUAUACCAUCUUCUUUACUGUUUUUUCUAGAAUAAUGUUUCAUAUGCACAGAGUUAGUGUUCUCAAAAGUUUCACCAUCAGUUAUUUAUUAGACUUCAGUGAUCUUAGUAGGUCAUACCACCAUGUUUACUGAUUUUAUAUAAUAAUGUUUCAUAUGCACAGAGUUACCAUUCUGAAAAUACAUUUCAAUUUCACCAGCAGUUAUUUGUUAGACUCUAGUGCUAUUGGUAGGUCAUACCAUCAUCUUUGUUCUCCUGCAAAUUGCUUUAAAAUUCUCACUAACUUAAUGCUGCUUGUCUGCUUUGCUUUUAUACCUUUCUGCUCGAUGAUGAUGUCCACUUACUAAUGGUGUGUGUCUUGACAGUGCUCGCUGGACUUGCAUUUAUGUUCUCAACAAGCAUUCUUUUGCAAAUACUGGCUUGUGCUCUGUACAAUAAUUGGUGGCCUAUGUUAGCAGCUCUCAUGUAUGUCCUUGUUCCGAUGCCAUGCCUAUUCUUUGGUGGUGGAUCCACCCAGUUCUUGACUAGCAGAGAUGGUGGAGGGUGGUUCAAUGCUGCAAAAUUCCUGACUGGUGCAUCCGCCAUGGGAAGCAUUGCAAUUCCAGCAAUUCUGAGGCAUGCUGGCCUAAUUGAGACUGGAGCUAUGUUCAUCGAGUUCACGUCCUUCUUCAUCCUUGUAUGCACAGUGCUGUGCUUCCAUAGGGCUACGCUGGAUGAAGAUUGGUAAAGGGCUCAAGACACAUGGACGCAAGAAGAUACGCCCCGUUUCGUUGUUGCUUCUCAGCACGUACAAGAGAACCUUACUGGGCACUAACAUGGACCUGUGUACAAAGAAGCAUAUUUGAAUUGCAUGGCUGUUUCGUUGUAUAAAUGGUCAUAGAUUUGCUAAUCUAGCGGCAAUGCCAAUGUUCUGUGUCACUUUUGUUGUGAAUACUCCCCAUCUUUGGUCAGCCAUCCGUAUGAAAUGGCAACUGAUUAUUUCUCUCUCUUUUUGAUAUUGAAACCGAUUUUUUUCCGCUA